CUGUUUAGGAGGUCGCCUUGGAGACCCUCAGGGGAGCCCCAGGGUGUGCGCCUGCCCGCGGACCCAAGGUUGGGGAAGUGCUAGCCGCCCAGCGCGCCAGUGCCGGCGGUGGAGGAGCUGCAGGUCCGGAGGCCCUGAGGAGCCACGGUCAAGGGCAGCAGCGCGUGGGUUGUAAUGAUGUCAGAUGAUGCCAAAGACCGAGCCGCGCAUUCAUUAAAGAAAAAAGGGAGUGUGUCUUCUCUGAGCGGUCAUGAAUCCCGGCUGCAGGGACGUCACGGGCCCACCAAAGCCCCCCUGAGUACUGUGGCUGAUCUGGAUGAGGCUGGCCAGCGUGACAGUGCCUCGCGCCUUACAGUGCAGAUGGGAAACACCUACCAGUUGGGUCCUACACAACAUUUUCCUGUGGCUGCUGUGAACCACAUUUUGAAGGAUGUGUUAACGAACUAUCUUCAAGAGGAGAUAUAUGAACCAGAAUUCUGUAGACGAGUGACUAAGACAAUUUCUGAGGUGAUUAAAGCCCGGGUCAAGGCUUUAAUGCUCCCACGGUAUAAGCUCCUCGUGAGUAUUCACAUUGGACAGCGGACCGGUCAGAGUAUGUUCAUUGGAAGCAGAUGCCUGUGGGAUCCGAAAACUGAUACUUUUUCAUCUUACGUUUUCAGAAAUUCUUCUCUCUUUGCUCUUGCCAAUGUCUAUGCAGUUUACUUUGAGUGACUGAAAAUAAGAAAUCUACUUCUUCGUUAUUUUGGUUUUCAACGACAACUUCUGUAUUGACAAAAGUUUCACUGCCCUUAAUUUGGAGAAUGAAACAAGGUGAAUAUUCUAAGCAAUGGGAAGCCUUGGGACUUCUUGAGACUCUUGUAUGGAUUUCGGAAGAGAAGGAUGGCUUAAGAUGGAAUCUUUUUUCCCUAAAUCAGGAAUCCCUGGUCUUUUUUUUCACAGACAUGGGUUCUUAUUAUAUGUUGCAUUUGGAACUGAUUUUUUAACGUACUCCUUAAUUAGAGAGUUGGGAUUUCCUGCAUUAUCCUUUAAUGAAGUUAAGUUUUUAAAAAAUAUAUAGCUAUGUAUGGUUUUAUGCCCUGCCCAAUAAAUGACAGUUGAAUUUUCAACAUGGUGUACACAAAUGAUAAAUGAUAAUAUGUUUCAGUGCCGCAUAUAAAAGAAUACUGGUUUUCAUUUUGUACUUAAUAAAUUGAGCAGCAUUCAUUAACUGCAAUUAUUGUUACAUGUGCCUGACAGUUGAAACUGCUGAGGUAGAAUUAAUGACUUCAUAAAAAUUAUCUCAGUCCCAAGGGGCAGCCGGCUAAAUCAAGAAGCUCUUGUGGGUUGCCUGCACUUUACAAAAUUGUGAGGGAACUGAACAUUGGUUCUUCAAUAAUGGAGACUAUAAAGUGAACAAAGGCUUUUUAGGGCAUUGAAGCAGACGUUGUAACAUUAAAUAUGCAUGAGGCUAAAUAGUAAGUGUAUCUGUAACACAUAAAAUCAUGUAUCACAAACAGACCCGGUGUUUGAUAGAUACACGGCCCAUUGUCCCUUUAGAUCGGCUUCCCUCGGCUAACAAACUUCUGUACAGAAUAUAUGGUUGGCAGUUUCCCAAAUAAAAUAUGUGCAUUUA